CCUGCACAACGCGGAGCUCAGCAAGACGCUGGGCAAGCUCUGGAGGCUGCUGAACGAGAGCGACAAGCGCCCCUUCAUUGAGGAGGCCGAGCGUCUCCGGAUGCAGCACAAGAAGGACCACCCAGACUACAAGUACCAGCCAAGGAGGCGGAAGAACGGGAAGGCAGCCCAGGGGGAGUCGGAGUGCCCGGGCGGGGAGGCCGAGCAGGGCGGUGCUGCUGCCAUCCAGGCCCACUACAAGAGUGCCCACCUGGACCACCGGCACCCAGGAGAGGGCUCCCCAAUGUCGGAUGGGAACCCUGAGCACCCCUCAGGCCAGAGCCAUGGCCCACCCACCCCUCCGACUACCCCAAAGACAGAGCUGCAGUCGGGCAAGGCAGACCCCAAGCGGGAUGGGCGCUCCAUGGGGGAGGGCGGGAAGCCUCACAUCGACUUCGGCAAUGUGGACAUCGGUGAGAUCAGCCACGAGGUAAUGUCCAACAUGGAGACCUUUGAUGUGGCUGAGUUGGACCAGUACCUGCCGCCCAAUGGGCACCCAGGCCAUGUGGGCAGCUACUCGGCAGCUGGCUACGGGUUGGGCAGUGCCCUGGCUGUGGCCAGUGGACACUCGGCCUGGAUCUCCAAGCCUCCAGGUGUGGCUCUGCCCACGGUCUCGCCAUCUGGUGUGGAUGCCAAAGCCCAGGUGAAGACGGAGACUGCGGGGCCCCAGGGUCCCCCGCACUACACCGACCAGCCGUCCACCUCGCAGAUCGCCUACACCUCCCUCAGUCUGCCCCACUACGGCUCUGCCUUCCCCUCCAUCUCCCGCCCCCAGUUUGACUACUCUGACCAUCAGCCCUCAGGACCCUAUUAUGGCCAUUCGGGCCAGACCUCUGGCCUCUACUCGGCCUUCUCCUAUAUGGGGCCCUCGCAGCGGCCCCUCUACACGGCCAUCUCUGACCCCAGCCCCUCAGGGCCCCAGUCCCACAGCCCCACACACUGGGAGCAGCCAGUAUAUACGACACUGUCCCGGCCUUAAAGGGGUUCCUGUCACCACCACCCCCACCCUGCCCCUUCCCCCAGCCCUUGCACCCUUUUCCUCACCCAUCUCAGGCCCGGUGGCGGCUGUGGAGGAGGCUGCAGAGGCUGACAGCUGGGGGAAGGCCUUCUGUCUGGCUCACUGCCUUUGAUGACCCCACCCCAUCCAGUCCGGGCUCCAGCCCAGGCACAGCCCUGGGCAACUUGGCUGGGCAGAGGAGAAGGAGGUUGAUUGUUGCCCCUAGACUGAAAAAUGAGGGGCUGCACCUUCCCCCCAGGAAUGACCCUCGGCCCCAGGAUCUGAGAAGGCCCUGCUCAUCCUCCUCUGGAAGGAGGGGAAGCCUCGAGGGUGGGAUGGGAAUCGGAGGCCUUGCCACUCUGAUGCCCGUGUUUCCUCUUUCGUGGGGAAUGAGGGGUCUGACAUAAUCCGUGCCUCCUGUGUCGUGUGCCCAAGCCAACCAGAGACCUGCAUCAGGGCCUGGAGCAGGCUAUGUCUGCCCCUUGGGGGCUAAGGACAGCUUUGAACAGCCUUGAUGGAGUAGGGGUGGGGUGGGGGCUCAGAGGGCCAUCUCCUCAUCCCUUGAGUGCCCCUUCCCCUCCUAAACACAGGAAGGAAUUGGCACAGAGGCCCCCCAGAUCCAAUUCUGUGCCAAUAACCUCAUUGUCUAAUGGAGAAAGAGGGCCCAGGUCUUCCUUCACUGCAACUUCGCAGACUUUGAGGCACAUCCCAGGAGGCAAGGAGGCAGGGGCUCCGGGAAAGGAUUCGGAGACAAUUCAGACCCUUCCUCCCGGGCCCUUGCCAACUCCCUCUUCCCUCCAGGCUCUGUGGCCCCUACUCUGUCAGCCCCAACUCCUUGGGCUUCCUCGAGAGUUACAGCUGCCCAGGCCCAAGCCCUCGGCUCCAGGGAGACCCAGGUUGCUGGCAGCAGGCUGAAGACACUGAACUCCUGACGUGUACAUUCUGCCCUGGCCUUUUGCCCUUUGCCUCCCAGUGGUAUUUGAAUAAAGUAUGUAGCUCUGUUCUGCCCCUAUUUUCCUAUUCUGCAGCCCCCGUGGUCCACAAGUAACUCAUUACUGCCUCCCUCUUAUUUAUCUCAGUAGCUCCCUCUCCCCCUCCCCUCUCCUAGGUACUCCAGCCCCUAUUAACUCUGCAUUAAGCAUUCCACAUAAUAAAAUUAAAGGUUCCGGUUA